AUGGCAAUUACAGCAUUUAGGAAAGCUGAAGAAAGACUGAGUGAUGGACUUUUGAUUGCAAUGAUUCUGAAAGGUUUGCCAGAGUCAUUUAAGGCAUUUGUUAUCCAUGUUACGCAAGGCGACGAGAAUUUGACUUUUGCUGAAUUUAAGACAAAACUGAGAAGCUUUGAAGAGACUGAGAAAUAUCAUGCCAGCUCGGAUGAUAACGUGAUGAAGGCCAGUGCUACGUCUCGAAGGAGAGAGAUCGCUACAGGCCCCGACAUUGUCUGUUACAACUGCGGAGUGAAGGGACACAAGGCUCGGGCAUGUCCAAGCGAACGACAGAAAAGGGCCAGCCAUCUUCAGCCAAGCGGACUGACACACAGAGACCUGAUGGUCAAUACCCGAGCAACGUCGCACAUUAUCACAGACAUUGGGAAGUUUAAGAAGUUUGAUCGCACGUUUCAGCCAGAGAAACACUUCAUCGAAUUGGCCGACGGCACCAGGGCAAACGGUGUUGCGCUGAAAAGAGGCGACGCGGAGGUGAACCUGAUGAGCCGCGAGGGAGAAAGAGUCAAGGCUACACUGAGAGAUGCGCUGUUCAUCCCGACGUAUCCACAGGACAUAUUCUCGGUGAAAGCAGCGACGACCAACGGAGCUUCAAUCAAGUUCGAGCAGGGACAUGAUGAACUCGUCCAUGAGAACGGCUGCAGUCUGGAAGGAAAUGAAUACUUAAUAGAAAUCACUGCAUCCACAGGAGACUCAGUACUGCUGCCCUGCUCCUGCACUGACCUCCACACCACACCUGAGACAUUCACAUGGAAGAAACACAUAACAAAUGAAAAUGAUUGGGUAAAGAUAUCUCCUGAGAGUGAACAGUACAAAGAGAGAUUUCAGCUGGUUAAUGAUCGCUCUUCAGGAAAUCUCUCUCUGCUCAUAUCAAACCUGACUGAAGAGGAUGGAGGAUGGUACAGGUGUAGUGUUAAAGGGAGUCAAUACAGAGACAUCAGCCUCACUGUUAAAGAUGCACCAACAAAACCUUCAACAUCUGCACCAGUGACCACAACAACUUCACCUCAUUCCAAACCAGAGCAUCUUCCCUACGUCCCCUUUGCCGUAGUGACUGUGUUCUUUCUGCACAUUAUCAUGGCUGUGGUCUAUUACACCACCAGAAAGAAAGAGACUCCCACAGACCUGAAUCCUCGCAACAUCAUCAUCAUCUGUACGGCUGUUGGGGUUCUGCUGCUGCUGCUGCCACUCGGAGGAGUCAUGUACUGGAAACACAGAGCACAGAGACGAGGACAGACCGAGAUAGGUGAUGGACAAACAGGACAAAGGACACAGCAGAAGAAGCAGUGUGGACGCUGCAGGCUGGAAGGAAAUAAAUACUUAAGAGAAAUCGCUGCAUACACAGGAGGCUCAGUACUGCUGCCCUGCUCCUGCACUGACCUCCAAACCACACCUGAGACAUUCAAAUGGGAGAAAUACAUAACAAAUGAAAAGAAAUGGGUAAAGAUAUCUCCUGAGAGUGAGCAGGACAAAGAGAGAUUUCAGCUGGUUAAUGAUCGCUCUUCAGGAAAUCUCUCUCUGCUCAUAUCAAACCUGACUGUAGAGGAUGGAGGAGUUUACAGGUGUAGUGUUAAAGGGAGUCAAGACAGAGACCUCAGACUCACUGUUAAAGGUUGCACACUGAAUCAACCAACAGUGACUGUGACUGGAUACGUGGGACAGUCUGUCCUUCUGCCCUGCUCCUGCUCUGAACUACAAGCCAAACCACACGCUUUCACAUGGACAUUUUUAAAUGGUUCUGAUCACAAAGAAAUCUUCCCAAAGGACCAGACAAAUCUCUACACAGACAGAGUUCAGCUCUUUAAUGAUCAUCUUCCAGGAAAUCUCUCUCUGCUCAUAUCACACCUGACUGUAGAGGAUGGAGGUUGGUACAGGUGUGAGAUCAGGAACAGAAUUUCAGAUGUCCAUCUCACAAUAAGAGACGCACCAACAAAAGCUUCAACAUCCUCACCAGUGACCAGAACAACUUCACCUCAUUCCAAACCAGGUGUCACAACGGCAGAUACAAAAUCAACCACAGUGAUUAAAGACAAAACCCCUGCACCCUCCGAAACAGAGCAUCUUCCCUACGUCCCCUUCGCCAUAGUGACUGUGCUCUUUCUGCACAUUAUCGUGGCUGUGGUCUAUUACACCACCAGAAAGAAAGGUCCUGAUACAGUUCAUUCCAGCAGAGCUGAUGGAGAUGGAGCAGUGAGUCUGUAG